GCGGGGCGGCGGUGAGCAGCUGGAGCGCGCGGAGCCGGGCGGAGGGAGCACCUGCAGGCACAGGCGGCGGCCCCACCAUGGCGAUUCGCAAGAAGAGCAACAAGAGCCCGCCCGUGCUGAGCCACGAAUUCAUCCUGCAGAAUCACGCGGACAUCGUCUCCUGCCUGGCCAUGGUCUUCCUGCUGGGGCUCAUGUUCGAGAUAACAGCAAAAGCUUCUAUCAUCUUUGUUACCCUUCAGUAUAAUGUUACCAUCCCUGCAGCAGAAGAACAAGCUACUGAAUCAGCGUCCCUUUAUUACUAUGGUAUCAAAGAUUUGGCUACCGUUUUCUUCUACAUGCUAGUGGCGAUAAUUAUUCAUGCCAUAAUUCAGGAGUAUGUGUUGGAUAAAAUUAACAGACGAAUGCACUUCUCGAAAACGAAGCACAGCAAGUUUAAUGAAUCUGGUCAGCUUAGUGCAUUCUACCUGUUCGCUUGUGUUUGGGGCACAUUCAUUCUAGUCUCUGAAAACUAUAUCUCAGAUCCAACAAUCUUAUGGAGGGCUUAUCCCCAUAACCUGAUGUCAUUUCAAAUGAAGUUUUUCUAUGUAUCACAGUUGGCGUACUGGCUUCACGCCUUCCCUGAGCUCUACUUCCAGAAAACCAAAAAAGAAGAUAUUCCGCGUCAGCUCGUCUACAUUGGUCUUUACCUCUUUCACAUUGCUGGAGCGUAUCUUUUGAACUUGAAUCAUCUGGGACUUGUUCUUCUGGUGCUGCAUUAUUUUGUUGAAUUUCUUUUCCACAUUUCUCGCCUGUUUUAUUUUAGUAAUGAGAAGUAUCAGAAAGGAUUUUCUCUGUGGGCAGUUCUCUUUGUUCUGGGAAGACUUCUGACCUUGAUUCUUUCAGUCCUUACUGUUGGCUUUGGUCUUGCAAGAGCAGAAAACCAGAAGCUGGAUUUCAGUACCGGGAACUUCAAUGUACUGGCUGUUAGAAUUGCUGUUCUGGCAUCCAUUUGCAUUACCCAAGCAUUCAUGAUGUGGAAGUUCAUUAACUUUCAGCUUCGUAGGUGGAGGGAACACUCUACCUUUCAGGCACCACCUGUGAAGAAGAAACCAGCAGUGACUAAAGGCAGACCUUCUAGGAAAGGAACAGAAAAUGGUGUGAAUGGAACAGUGACUGCAAAUGGAGCAGACUCUCCCCGUAAUAGGAAAGAGAAAUCUUCUUAAUGAAUUAUAAGCUAAUCGAUUAAUGUCCCCAAAGAAAUCUGCUUUCUACUCUAUCUUUCAGCACUAGAGAUUUUUCUGUUCUUGAAAAUACAGUUUGUGCUCUUUGAUUCUUGCUGUGGUACUGUUUCAUGCAUUUCUAAAGGGCAUUGAGGGGAGGGUGAUAACUACCAGUGAAAAUAUUUUAGCUUAGACUAAGCUACUUGCCUUGAAAAUAGCUUAAGGACCACCACAUACUUUAUUUUGCUUUUUAUCUUUGAACAUUUUUCUAAUGGUUUGGAGAGAAAACUUUACAAAAACCACACAUACCCAGUGAAAACUUUCUUGCUGUCACCAGUUUUUUAUAAUACUAGAGAGAUGACCUGUUCCAAUAGGUCAUAUUUUUUAAGUUAUCCUUCAGGGUAAAAUGAAAAUAUUAUAAAGUCAGAUGUCAAACUUUUAAUAUGUUCUCAGUGGUCUCUAAUUUUUUGGGAUUUUUGUAGCCUUUACACCUGGAAAAAAAAACAAACAAAGAUUUGUAAAAUUACCAAAAUAAUUGUGUGCUUUAUUUUGUAGGUAGUGGUUGUAAGUGUUAUAUCCCCAUUAUUGAAAAAAUAGUAGUUGAAAUAUGUGAAGAUUAGACCAUAUGUUAGAUCAGAAUGUCAUUGACAUAAGACUCCUUAGGAAAUAGUCUUUCCUGUGCAUUUUCAACACGUUAUGAACUGGCAAUCAGAAAAUGUUUACUGUGAAGAGGAAUAUCCAGCUUACAGAGCACUUCUGGUAUGUUUGUCAAUCACAGUUCUUAAUGAGGCUUGCUGGAAGUCUAAUAUGCAUAGCAUCUUAGAGAAAUAUUGUUUAACCUGAAAACCCUUUUAAAAAAUAAUGCCUACUUGAUUUAUAUCUAUUAAAAAGAUGUCAGGUAAUUAUAUUUGGAAAACUAAUGCACUAACCUUAAAGAAAUUGAAAAUUCAGGUGGAUAGUCUUAACACGAGACAGUACUUUAUGUUACAACUAUAGCUUUGGACCCAUCUUUAAUUGAGAAACAUUUAUCUGUAUAAAACAUAUUUUUGGAUAAAUAUAUAUAUAUAUAUUUGUAUCUACAGAAAGGCUCUACAAAGCAUUUGAGUAAAACACUUGGUUCCCUUUUCUAUGGUUAUCCUGAGAACCCUGUACAUGGUCUGUUCGCGUCUUCACAGCAUGCAGUGCUCCAUUUGAUGUCGUCUUGUUCCUCAUUUCUCACUCCUGUCACCAGCUCAUAAAUGUGUGUGCCAUUUUGCAUAUCAAAGUUGCAGGCUGUGGGUCUGAGGUUAAGUCACCAUGCUGCUAGCUGGUUCGCUUUCUCUUCCAGCUGUUUAUCUACUUCCUGGAAAAGUUGUAGCUCUCUGUAGCAUUAUGGGCUUUCCGUGGAACCAAAUUUUUGCCACUAAAAACCGGCAUUAUAUUGAACUAUACAUUGAGAAAAAUCAAUCAAAAUAAAAAAUUUUUACUUUCA